UGAGCCGCUUUUUGCCGGUAACUAUGGCAGACAAAACGGCCCCUGGUUCAGCACUUCGUCUGGAAUGGGUGUAUGGCUACAGAGGUCAUCAAUGUCGGAAUAAUCUCUUCUAUACGGCGGCCAAAGAGGUGGUGUAUUUCGUAGCGGGUGUUGGAGUGGUUUACAAUGUCCGUGACCACACACAGAAGUUCUUCCUUGGCCACGAUGAUGAUAUUGUCAGCCUUGCACUUCAUCCAGAGAAGACGCUGGUAGCUACUGGCCAAGUGGGUAAAGACCCCUACAUCUGCGUCUGGGAUUCCUACAAUGUACAGACGGUCUCUAUACUCAAGGACGGACACACACAUGGCAUUGGGGUACUUGCCUUCAGCAAGGAUGGAGCGCAAUUGGUUUCAGUCGGCAUGGAUACCAGUAAUAUCAUCAAUGUGUGGGAUUGGAAAAAAGGCAGGAUACUAUCCACGGUUAAGGGCCACUCUGAUCGGAUCUUUGACUGUCAAUUCAACCCCUACAAAGAGAACAGCCUCGUCAGCUGCGGAGUCAAGCACAUCAAAUUCUGGUCCCUCUGCGGCAACUCUCUCACUGCAAAGAAAGGGGUCUUUGGGAAGGUUGGUGAGAUCCAGACGAUGUUGUGUCUGGCGUUCGCUCCCAAUGAUACAACCUAUGCUGGCACCCUGAAUGGGGACAUUUACAUGUGGGGUGGAAACAACCUACACAAGGUUAUUCAAAGUGCGCAUGCGUCCGGGAUCUAUACCAUUGAUGGAUGCGAUGAGGGUUUCGCAACAGGUAGUCGUGAUGGUUACAUCAAAUUGUGGACCACAGACUUCAAGCCUGUCACAAAGGUGAAUCUGGCAGAAUCCUCACAUGGUUAUCAAGGUCUUACCAUACGUAGUGUCCACUGGCGUGGUGAUCGUGUUCUAGUUGGUACUCAAGACAGUGAAAUUAUGGAGGUGUUUCUACGGGAGCCCGAUAAGCCUAGGAUCCUUGUCCAGGGCCAUGCUGAGGGGGAGCUGUGGGCCUUGGCUGUGCAUCCAAAGCGACCAUUCAUAGCUACCGGUAGUGAUGAUUGCAGUGUCAGAAUUUGGAACACGGAGGAAAAAACGCUGCUUGUCCGUGAAACCAUGGAUAACAAUGUACGAUCAGUGACCUUUAAUAGUGAUGGAUCAGCACUAGCAGCGGGAAUGUCAGACGGUUCAUUCACUGUACUCAAAACAAAAGAUCUUUCCACAGUAAUCCACAUCAAAGAUCGUAAAGAGGUCAUUCACGAGAUGAAGUACUCGCCCGACGGUAACUAUCUCGCCGUGGGCUCAAAUGAUAACUACGUGGACAUCUACGCAGUUACGCAGCGCUACAAGAAGGUUGGACAGUGUUCAGGCAGCAGUAGUUUCAUCACUCAUCUAGACUGGUCCGAGGACAGCAAAUACUUACAGACAAACAGCGGAGCUGCGGAGAGACUCUUCUUCAGAAUGCCAGCUGGAAAGCAGGCCACACAACGUGACGAGGUGCGUGCCAUCAGAUGGGCCACGUGGACUGGGGUCCUCGGUCCUGAAGUGAGUGGAAUAUGGCCCAAGUACUCAGACACCAAUGACGUCAAUGGCGUGGAUGCUUUCUUUGGUGGUGAGGUUAUGGUGACCGGGGAUGACUUCGGAAUGGUGAAGAUGUUUCGAUUCCCUUCUCUCAAGAAAGGGGCUAAAUUUCGGAAGUACGUCGGCCACUCUGCUCAUGUCACUAAUGUCAGAUUCUCUCACGAUAAGAUGCAUGUUAUCUCAACUGGUGGUGGUGACCAUGCAGUAUUCCAAUGGCGCUUUGUACCUGAGGGUGUGAAUGCACUGGAGAAUGAUGAAACUGGACAUAACACAGGGUAUGUGGAUUCAAACAGUGAAGAGAGUGAUUCCGACUUAUCGGACGUUGCCGAGCUGGACUCUGACAUUGAGAAGGAGAAGGAGAUAGAUUACGACCGGCCAGUCUACAAGGAGGAUCUGUCUCGUAUCAAGAGGCUGAAGAAGACGGAUAACUCAGGACAGAAGCGGCAGCAAGCACCGAGUGAAGGAAUCAAACUAGAAUUUAUUCACGGGUAUCGAGGUUAUGACUGCAGGAACAACCUGUUCUAUACGCAAGCUGGAGAGGUGGUAUUUCACGUAGCUGCAACUGGUAUCGUUUAUAAUCGGGAUACACACUCACAGCGAUUCUACUUGGAGCAUACCGAUGAUAUAUUAUGUCUAUGCAUUCACCCACUUAAAGAUAUUAUUGCAACGGGACAGGUUGGUCGAGAUCCAACAAUCCACAUCUGGGAUGCAGCAACCACGAAAUCACAAGCUAUUCUCAAAGGCCAGCACAUGAGGGGAGUCUGUGCCGUGGACUUCUCAGGUGAUGGUAAGAAGUUAGCCAGUGUGGGUCUUGACGACAAUCACAUGAUCGUUGUUUGGGACUGGAGGAAAGGUGAGAAACUCGCAACGACCAGAGGACACAAAGAUAAGAUUUUCGUCAUUAAGUGGAACCCGCAUAACGUGGAUAAAUUGGUGACGGUCGGAAUGAAGCAUAUCAAAUUCUGGAAUCAAACUGGUGGUGGAUUUACCUCAAAACGAGGUACAUUUGGCAACGUUGGUAAGCCAGAUACAAUGAUGUGCGUGACGUACGGACGCUCACCAGAAAUGACUUACUCUGGGGGCGCUUCAGGGAAUAUCUACGUCUGGCAAGACGUCACACUGACGAGGACAGUCAGUGCACACAAAGGACCUUGCUUUGCAAUGCACUCAUUGGAUAAGGGUUUUGUAACUGGAGGUAAAGAUGGUGUCGUGUCUCUCUGGGAUGAAGCCAUCGAGCGUUGCCUCAAGACGUAUCCCAUCAGGAAGAUGGACCUGGCACAGGGCAGCCAUGGAAUACUCCUUGAUGACAACCCGUCUAUUCGCUCAGUGAUUCUCGGACAUGGACAUAUCCUGGCAGGGACGAAGAACGGCGAAGUGAUUGAGCUGGAGAAGAGUGGUCCAGUCCGGAUUCUUGUACAGGGACACAUGGAGACAGAGAUUUGGGGUCUGGCCACCCAUCCCAACAAGUCAAUGUGUGCGACAGUCAGUGACGAUCAGACUAUCAGGGUGUGGGACCUCGGAGCAGAACAUAAGAUGGUCAGUGUACGGAGACUCAAAGGAGGAGCGAGAUGCUGUGACUUCUCACCGGACGGGAAAGCUAUUGCUAUCGGAUUCAAAGAUGGUAGUUUCUCUGUUGUGAGCAGCGACAAUUUAAAUGAUGUUGCCAGCUUCCAUCAUAGGAAAGAAGAGAUCUCGGAUAUUAAAUUCUCACCAAAUUCAGGCAAGUAUCUGGCCGUUGCGUCCCAUGAUAACUUUAUUGAUAUCUACAGUGUACUGAACACCAAGCGAGUUGGAACAUGUAAAGGCUCCUCCAGUUAUGUCACACAUGCAGAUUGGGACACCAACGGAAAACUUCUAAUGAUGAAUUCCGGCGCCAAGGAGCAGCUGUUUUUCGAGGCUCCUAGAGGGAAGCGUCAGGCCCUACGCAACGCCCAGAUAGAGACACAGGGUUGGGCUACGUGGACCUGCGUGCUCGGUCACACCUGUACGGGGAUAUGGCCGUCUAAGAGCGAUGUCACCGAUGUCAAUGCUUCGUCUUUGUCCCACGAUAAAACCACACUUGCGACGGGAGACGAUUUUGGUUUUGUGAAACUGUUCCAGUGGCCUGCAUCAGGCAAGAAUGCAAAGUUCAAGAAGUAUGUCGGUCACAGCGCCCACGUCACCAAUGUGAGAUGGACGUACGAUGACAGGGUGUUAAUAUCAGUAGGUGGGGCUGACACUGCGCUGAUGGUUUGGUCACACGCCGUGACGGGCACCAGGGAAAAUUGCCAUGGAGAAAGUGACGACUCGGACACAGAUUCUGAGGAGGAUGGAUACGACAGUGAUGUACAGAGAGAGACCACAAUGGACUACGCUUCUAAGACUUACACAAACCCCCUCCGAGAAACCACAGGUGUCAAACCAGAUCAACAAGAAGUGGAGGACGAUGACACGCCAAGUGUAAGCAGGGGUGGUCUUAAGCCUCCAAAGAUCAAGAAGUCUACCGUUACCAAUGGCAAGAAGACGAGACCCUCAAAAGUAGAGGAUCUGACGCUGAAGCACAUCCAUGGUUAUCGAGGCUUUGAUUGUCGGAACAACCUCUUGUACCUGAAUGAAGGAGCAGAUAUCAUCUACCAUGCCGCAGGAGCAUGUAUCGUCCAGAAUCUAGCAACAGGUACGCAAGGUUUUUAUCUUGAGCACACCGAUGACAUCAUCUGUUUGACGGUCAACCAACACCCGAAGCAUAAAAGCGUUGUGGCCAGUGGACAGAUCGGUGCGACACCCGCCGUCAAUGUCUGGGAUGCGACCACCAAGCAAACCCUGUCUAUCAUCAAAGGGUUCCACACCAAGGGGGUGUGCUCAGUGAACUUCAGCGGGUCAGGAAAGUUGCUAUUGACGGUUGGGAUCGACGAUAAUCAUUCUGUGGCUGUGUGGAGGUGGCAACAAGGUACCAAGGUAGCAGGAAGCAUCGGUCAUACCAAGCGCAUCUUCCUUGGGGAGUUCAGACCGGACUCGGACCAAGAGUUUGUGACCGUUGGGGUCAAGCAUGUCACCUUCUGGACAGUCGCUGGUGGUCAGCUGAUGGGCAGGCGGGGUUUGAUGAACUCCUCCGGACAGAACACGCAGGAUGUGAAGAUGCAGACGAUGCUCUCAAUUGCCUUUGGAGCUAAUGAAACAACCUUCACUGGAGCAAUGAGCGGUGACAUUUACGUCUGGAAAAAGAAUACUCUAGCUCGAGUUGUCUCCAGAGCGCACAAUGACGCUGUCUUCACACUCUACACAACCUUGAAGGAUGGCUUGAUUGUGUCCGGUGGAAAGGAAAGAGCGUCCAAGAAUAAAGACAGUGGACCGGUGAAGCUCUGGGACCAAGAGAUGAAGCGAUGUCGAGCCUUUCAGCUGGGUACCGGCAGUUCCAUCGAUGUAGUCAAAUCGGUCUGCAGGUGCAAGGGAAAGAUCUUAGUGGGUACCAAAGACAGCGAGAUCAUUGAGAUUGGAGAGAAGAACGGGCAGGUUACGAUGCUGGUACAGGGUCAUGGUGAGGGAGAGAUCUGGGGACUGGCUACCCACCCCUCCAAGGAGGUGUUUGCAUCGGCUAGUGAUGAUGGCACAAUAAGGAUAUGGGAUGUACAGAAGAUGGCGAUGAUAACCAAAGUAAGCAUGGGAUCCUCCGCUCGGUCUAUCACCUACAGUCCCGAUGGGGAAACCCUGGGUGUUGGCUUGAAGAAUGGAGAAUUCCGCCUACUCACUGUAGCAACCAUGAACACGUGGGCCAAGAAGAGAGAGCGUAAUAAGGCUAUUACAGAUCUGAGGUUUAGCCCUGAUGCUAAGUACCUGGCCGUCGGUUCGGAGGAUAGCUGUGUAGAUUUCUAUGAUCUGACCCAAGGUCCUUCACUCAACAGAGUAGGAAUGUGCCGAGGCAUACCAAGCUUUGUGUUCCAAUUGGACUUCUCUGCCGACUGUAGAUACAUACAGGUCGGUACUGGAGCAUACAAGAGACUACUCUAUGAAGUACCUAAAGGGAAGCCAGUCACAGACACUGCAACGACCGAUAAAAUCACAUGGGCUACAUGGACAAGUGUUUUAGGUUCUGAAGUAGUUGGCAUCUGGCCGAGGAGCUCACAGAAAGCUGAUGUCAACUGUGCAGCGGUAACAGGAAUGACAAAUUCAAUUGCGACCGGUGAUGAUUUCGGUUUUGUGAAGCUGUUCAAAUUUCCCUGUCCAGAUAAAUAUGCACCACACAAGAAGUAUGUAGGACAUUCUGCCCACGUCACUAAUGUGAGAUUCACAUAUGACGAUAGACAUCUUAUUAGUGCAGGAGGAGACGAUUGCUGCUUAUUUGUGUGGAAGAGUUCAUGAUGACGUUUCUCCCAAAGCUACAUUGAACCAUUCAGUACUUUAUUAAUGUGUGAUGAACGUCAGCUUCAGAACGGUGAAGAAUUAAGGAAUUUGAAUUGAUUCUGUCUGUAUUUCAUUUUCUAUUCUCAAAAGACUUAGAUUUUGGCAAUAUUUAUUGAAAGGGACGACAGACGUAAAAUGUAAAAGACUUCUUUGGGUCGUUGAAGAGAUCCUGCAACCAAUCUUUACUUUUUAACUUGUGUACCACUGAAUCAAUCUGUGAUCAUUUCGUCAUGUUUUUCAAUCAGAAUAUUUAAAGUAAGUAAAAUCACAAGUUUUGACUAGAUUUUCUAAAGAAUUGUAGCAUUUUGUAAGCUGAAACUUUCAAAGAUGUGCCUCUGUCAGUGUUUUGGGGGUUUCCUUUGGCACAAUUGUCUUUCAAAUGAAAAAUAUCUGGGUUAGGCCUGGGGUUGGGUUUUUGUUUUUUUAUUGGGUAGGGAUACAGUUUGUGAAAGUAUAGAUUUUUUAUUUUUUUCCUUUAAUUUUAUGAAACUAUGUGUUUAAGAUUCUACCAUACAUUUUUUCUAAUCCACAAGUGACUGGCACUGACCACCUCCAAAUUUGUUCAAACACUACCAGUUUGUAACAACAUAUUUCUACGUUAUAAUAGUCCAAAGAAGCUAAUAUAAACAAAAUCCAAUCAGAAUUCUCCCGCAUAUGGAAAACGAUCCAAAGGCAGACUAUAUUUUUCUAUGAAAUCGAUCUUCAUUUCAUCCAUUUGAAGAAAAAAAACUACCCUAAGCAGUUUGUCAUAAAUGCGACAUCACGCUUGGCCUUGACACGCCAUAGAUAUUCAAAAUCAAUUUGAUGAAAUUUCUACAAAUUGAAGUAAGGCCCUUUUAGAAGUGAACUUUCAAUAAGGUGGUUAGCAUUGUGGACACUUGGUUCCAUACAAUUGUUCUCUAUAAUAAUAUCGUGUGUAUGGUUUACAAUUCAAAUCAUGGCUUGCAUUCUGAUGGUAGACGUUCUGGGACACUAAGGUGGUAUCUGGUGUUGAUUCUGUAAAUAAAGAAUUACCUGUUAAAUUUGCUUCUACCUAGCGUCUGAAAGUCUCUCAUUAUAGUCAAGAAUAUCAGCCAAUUUGAUCUCAGUCUUCAAUCUUAUCAGUCCUGUAGUCCUGUCAACUAGCCUAGUAUUGUUCUGCGUGUGUAAAUGUUUAGCCUUUUUGAAGCGAGGUUGGGGUUUCACAUUUUGGUCGGUGAAACAUAUUCUCAUCAUGAUGAAAGAAUGUCUUUUUUUUUAUAACCUAAAUACAAUCAUCACAAAAGCUUAUUUUCUUCCAUUGAGAAUACUGGGCUGGAUUUCUUUAGACUAGUCUUAUCUCCAGUCAGGACGAGUUACAUGUACUCGUCCUAACUUAGGACUAGCCAUACAUGUACGUUUUUAAUAUCUCCUAGAACUAGGCCUAAGUUUAGGUCCAGUACUUACUCUUUGUGAAAUAGACCCAGAAUUUUUUUGAGCAUUCUGAAAUCCCUUUUUAUAUGUGUUGUUCAGGUUGCCAUCUCCUCACUUUUUCUCUCAUCAUAUGUGACGUCCCAUGCCAAAAUCAAGCAAUUCUUGGAAAUAGUAUGAUAGUGAUAUUAAGAGUGAAGACUUCCAACUCUCGCUAAUUCUGCAGAGUUCCUUGAAAAUAAACAAAUCGUUCUGAUGAACACAU